CGACAAGUUUGACGAGCCUACAAACAAUACAAUCUUUGCGGAUUUACACGGUGCAAACACGAACACGGGAACGAAAGGUGCUCUCGAACCACGACAACGCGGUUCGUAUUUACAUAGCUUAUCUGACACACACACACUAGUGUAAAUGCGCCAAAACCAAAAGUCAUUGGGCGUUUGCGUGAUGCUGGAGCUGUCUUCAUACGUCGUUGAACCGGGAACGACGGCGGUAGUAUAGGUAUUUGCUGUGUGUUUUAGUUUAUCGCAAAAUUCCAAAAGAUCUCCAUAGAAAUUGCUAUUCUACGCUUUCGUAUCAUCAUGUGUGACGAAAAGGAAAUCAAAGAAGCUUUCGAUGUUGCGCUGGAACUAGUGAAACAAUGCAAUGAAAUAGUAUUGGAAGGGUUCCGUUCCGCUUCCAAGCGGGUUGAAGUGAAAGGUAAACACUGGGAUCUAGUAACCGAGUACGAUCAACGUGUGGAGAACGUUCUGAUAGCAGGACUGCGGCAACACUUUCCUCACCAUAAGUUUUGUGCGGAAGAAUCAUCAUUUGCUAGCGGGGAUAAAUUGAUGCUCGGGCCAGAACCGACAUGGAUAAUUGACCCAAUUGACGGAACGGUUAAUUUCGUACGAGGUGUUCCAUUCACGUGUAUUUCCGUUGCCUUGGCGAUCAAUGGUGAAAUUCAGAUCGGUAUUAUAGCGAAUCCGACGACCAAUGAACUUUACACCGCCAUUAAAGGGCAAGGGUCAUUUUUGAAUGGUUCCCGUAUCACAACGCGCGCAACGAAAGAACUUAAGGAAGCUUUGGUGGGGCACGAAUUUUCAAUCGGAAGCUACCAACCCAUACGGGCAGCACUAUUCGAGCGCGGUCAACGAUUCAUCACUGAAUGUGUAGGGUUACGGGCCUUCGGUUCAGCUGCACUUACGCUGGCAUACAUAGCUAGCGGACAGAUAGAUGUGUACAGCAUACAAUUUCUUAAGCCUUGGGACAUUGCUGCAGGCUCUUUGCUUAUCCAGGAAGCUGGAGGUACAGUCAUUAGCAUCACAGGAGGAAAGUACGAUAUCAUGAAGCCGGAUAUUAUAGCAGCGAGUAGCGAACUAUUGGCACAGAGGGUACUGCAAAUUAUACGUGCAGUUGAUGAAGAUUUAAAACAAGUGAAAUCAACGUAACACCUUUAGUUCGAUCAAUAAAUUUGCAUUGGGUUCUUUUCCAGCUAAACAAUAAAUACGUGCAAGGGG